AAAAAAAAAAGAAGAAGAAGAAAAAAAAGGACUAAAAACGACCUCUCGCCGUUCAGUCCUGUGGGCUCGGGCAAUUAAAAUCGUACAAUAUUUAGUGCAUGUAACUACGGCUUGAAGUUCAUUUCAGGCGAAAAGUUUGAGUGCAGCCAUGUCCGCAGUCAUAAGGAAGAUUAUCAGCACUGCAAAAGCUCCGGCGGCAAUUGGGCCAUAUAGCCAGGCGGUGGUGGUGGAUCGUACCAUGUACGUAUCAGGGCAACUUGGAAUGGACCCUUCCACUGGGCAGCUGGUCAAAGGGGGAGUGCAGGCCGAAGCCAAACAGGCUCUCAUCAAUAUGGGCGAGAUUCUUAAGGCAGCUGGUUGCAACUAUGACAACGUUGUCAAGACGACAGUCCUUCUUGCCGACAUAGGCGACUUCAACAACGUGAAUGAUGUUUACAAGCAGUUUUUCAGCAGAAACUUCCCAGCCCGAGCUGCCUAUCAAGUUGCAGCCCUCCCUAAAGGUGGACUUGUGGAGAUAGAAGCAGUUGCUGUGCUGGGUCCCAUCACAGAUUCCUCCUGACUACCCGCCCAGAACCUAAACAAACUGUAGCCACCAUCUACAGGAACCAGCUGCGGAGCCUACUGGAGAGGCCUGGGUUGGAUGGCGUAUCUCCUUCUGGCGCAUUGUGAGGGCUCCUAAACUCACACGUCUGUAGAUGUCCACGCACAUCGAUGCCUGUAGAGAUCAGGCUUGACACAAUGAUCAGUUUAAGUUAGUUUUGCAUGAUUCUGUUCUGCGUUGUUCUAGCUGUAACUUCACUCAAUUUGAGGGAUCAGAAUUUCAGUUUUGAGACCACAUCUCCAAUGCUUCCACCUGAUCUGCACUCCUUCUUCAGGUUGAGCUGUUUCUGUGCUUUAUACCUGUUUAAUUUGUGUUAUACAGACUAUACUUGAUCACGCUGAUGUCCCAGCUAUGGCUUAAUAGCAGAAUGGUCCCUCUAACGUCCUAUUCACCAUUUCUCUGGCCAUCAGCUCUCUGUGCCUCACAGCCUCACUGACGAAAGAAAAAAAUCUCUUUUCUAACCAAUUAAAAUGAUGUAAUUGUAAGAAUUCUA